GCUGACUCAAUUCGCCGGUCCUUUACAGAGCCCAACCACGCCACAUUGACAUCAUCAGCCCGCUACCACCGCCAAACCGCCGCUCCUAUUUCAUAACGCGUCACUUCCCCAGCUUCGCCCCCAGCACUACUGGUUCUUACACAAACUUUUUGACUUUGCGCUGACUGAGUGCCACCACUGUCCCUGACCGGUUAGUUUAGGCUGCUAUUGGACUGCCAGUCAAACCCUAAGAAAUGGUAGGACUUUCAGUUGGAGAAAAGCAUUUUAUUCAAGGUGGCAUCAAUCAUAAUCUCCGUUCUGAUGGUCGGAAAAGAGAUGCCUACCGACCCAUUUUUGUUGAAACUGGAGUCAUCCCUCAGGCAAAUGGCUCAGCACGAGUUAGGAUAGGCACAACGGAGGUUAUUGCUAGUGUUAAGGCUGAGCUUGGAAAGCCAAGUAUAUUGCAGCCUGACAAGGGAAAGGUUUCUAUAUAUGUUGAUUGCAGUCCAGUUGCGGAACCAAUGUUUGAGAGGAGAGGAGGCGAGGACCUGUCAGCAGAACUUUCAGUUGCUCUUCAGCGUUGUCUCCUGGGCAGUAAAAGUGGAGCAGGGGCUGGAAUUGAUCUAUCAUCUUUAGUAGUUGCGGAAGGAAAAGUCUGUUGGGAUCUUUAUAUUGAUGGUCUUGUCAUCAGUUCAGAUGGAAAUCUUCUAGAUGCUCUAGGUGCUGCAAUCAAGGCUGCUUUGAGCAAUACAGGUAUCCCAAAGGUCCAUGUUGCAGCUGGUGUAUCAGGCGAUGAGCAACCAGAGGUUGACAUUAGUGAUGAAGAAUUUCUUCAAUUUGACACGUCUGAUGUCCCUGUCAUAGUUACGUUAACAAAGGUUGGAAGGCACUAUAUUGUAGAUGCUACUUCAGAAGAGGAAUCCCAGAUGAGCUCUGCAGUUUCUGUUUCGAUCAAUCGGAAAGGGCACAUUUGUGGGUUGACAAAACGAGGAGGUGCAGGGAUUGAUCCAAGCGUUAUAUCUGACAUGACGUCUGUGGCACAACAUAUAAGUGAGCAGCUGAUGAACAAGUUGGACUCUGACAUAGCUGCUGCUGAGGCUAUUGAAGAUGAACCGUGACAUGCAUAGUGAGUAUAGAAUCCUCAGGUUAUGAAGUCUGGUGAUGAGUAGAGUAACAAUGUGUUGUAUACUUUAUUGGUGCAUGUGAAACUACAUUUUUGAAGCACCACCAUCAUAAUUACAUGCAAUAGUUGGGAAUGUGUAGAUUCUCUUUCUGUUAUGUAUUUUGAUAACCAGGGGUUAAUUUAUAGGAGUUCAUAUCGUUCGAUUUUA